ACGCCCGUCGGCCGCGACGUUUGUCAUGGCACUAGUCCGCGAAGGUUCCCGCCUGUUCUCCCCCACUCCGCCGUUCGCCAGGUGGUUGCCUUGGUAACGGCCCGUCGCCUGCUAAACCCGGAGCGGGCCUAGGAUGGCCGCCGCGGCGGGGGCAGCAGUAGCGGCGGCGACUUCAGGGCACGACGAGGACCCGCCGCUGCCCGGGCCGUCCAUGGGGCGGCGAGCCGUGUGCUCCCGACCCUACUUCGUCGUACUGAUGGUGUUCGCGCAUCUCUACGUACUCAACGUGUUGGGGUUGCUACUUUUCGUGCACAUCAGCUCUGACGAUGGAGGCGCCGAACCGGGCAAAGAGGCUCCCAGCCCCGCUCAGGACCCGCCCGCGUUGCCCUUCUCGCCGGGCGGCUCCGGCUCUCCCGCCCUGCCUCGCCUUGAAGGCAUCAAGGUGGGCCAUAAACAGAAGGUGGAGCUGAUUCCUAACAAAAUCCAUUACAUGAAAACUCUUAGCCUGAAACCGCUUCUGUUUGAAAUUCCAGAUUUUCUAAGUGAGGAUGAAUGUAAGCUAAUUAUCCACCUGGCUCAGCUGAAAGGACUACAGAAAAGUCAAAUCCUGCCCACAGACGAUUAUGAAGAAGCCAUGGAAAUGAUAGAUAUCAGUCAGAUGGAUAUCUUCAAUUUACUAGACCAUAACCAGGAUGGACAGCUGCAGCUGAAGGAGGUGCUGACACAUACCAGACUAGGCAAUGGCAGAUGGAUGACCCCAGAGAGCAUUCGGGAGAUGUAUGCUGCUGUGAAAGCGGAUCCAGAUGGCAAUGGUGUGCUGAGUUUGGAGGAGUUUAAGCAGCUGAACAUCCGGGACUUCCACAAAUAUAUGGGAAGCCAGAAAGUGACAAUGAGCGAUCUAGUGCGGAAUAGCCAGCACGCCUGGCUGUAUCAAGGCGAGGGAGCCCACCAGGUCAUGCGCUCCAUACGACAAAGAGUGAUGCAUUUAACCCGCCUGCCCGCAGAGAUUGUGGAGCACAGCGAACCCUUACAAGUGGUGCAAUACAGCCAGGGAGGGCACUACCAUGCCCACAUGGACAGCGGACCAGUGUUCCCAGAAACUGCCUGCAGCCACACCAAACUGGUCACCAAUGAAACCGCUCCAUUUGAAACGUCAUGCCGCUACGUGACAGUGCUGUUCUACCUUAACAAUGUGACUGGAGGAGGAGAGACUACCUUUCCUAUUGCUGACAACAGGACCUAUGAAGAGAUGUCUUUGAUCCAGAAUGAUGUUGACCUUCGUGACACUCGUAAACACUGCGACAAGGGAAACCUUCGUGUAAAACCCCUGCAAGGCACGGCUGUCUUCUGGUACAAUUACCUGUCAGAUGGGGAAGGCUGGGUGGGAGAUGUGGACGAAUAUUCCUUGCACGGAGGGUGCUUGGUCACUGAAGGAAUUAAGUGGAUUGCCAACAACUGGAUCAACGUCGAUCCCAAUAAGCGACGGCAGCUCCAGUUCCAACAGGAGAUGGCUCGAUACAUAAACACUGGGGACGAGGACCAAAGCGAGUGGACCGUGGACAAAUCCUACAGCGAUGUACAUGUGGAGCUAUAGUGCUCGGAGAUGCCCCUUCAUCGACUUGGAAGAAACAUUUUUUGCACUAGCCAGUUCCAGCCCUGGGAUCUCCCACCAUUCCCUGUCCCCACACAUCCCUGCAGGGCGUGCAAGCGGUGUUCUAGCCUUGCAUUUCUGACUAGACUGGGAGAGGCAAGGACUGCCUGGAUGGGUGUGCGGGGUCACCAAUGCCCUCUGGAAGGAGAGCCAGUGAUCAGGCGAGGGUGAGGGAAGUAGCAGCAGUUUGCUUUCUUCGGGACAGUUGGAAUUAGCCGACAGGAUUCCUGCUUUCCUUCGUCCUGGGCCAUUUGUCCCGCCGAUUGCAGCCCUUGUUGUUCUCCUAUAAGCUGGCUUUGCAGCUGCUCCCCUGGUACCUGCUACCUUCUUCUGCCAUCACCAACCUCCCCUCUUAGGAGCGAGCAAAGGUAGGCUGUGCGCCUCCAGAGCUAGUUAGUCAUUUAUGGAUCCCGAUGGUAGGAAGGUCCCACAUUAGCAAAACCAACCUUUGACGUUACCUGCUGCUUAUUCUACACGCUCUUUAUAGAGUGAGGCUCAGUGAUAUGGUGACAGGUAGUCAUGUGCUGUGGCAGAUUCAGGGACCAAAGGUGCUCAAGUCAUGCCAGGUGGUUUCUGAUGUUCAUCGUGGAGAAUUCUUCUCAGGGUCGGACAUGGUUCUGAAGCCUUUUUUUUGUUAUUGUGUGAAUUAUCAGGGGGGAAAGGGAAGCGUUCAAAAGUGCAAUAGCAGCUGGUGUGCUGUAUUUUUGAGGUUUUCACUUCAGUGACUUGAUUUGUGUGCCUGGUUUGGUGUAAACCUGUUUUGUCGAAAGGUUUGUCUAGAGCCUUGGCCCCCUCUGCCUUGUUUGCUAGCGCGCCCCCCCCUCCCCCCCCCCAGGUUGGCCAGUGUGUGAAACAGAAUGCUGGAGAAGAUGGGCUAUUAAUCUGAUCCAGCAAGGCCUCUCUUUUGUACUUGGGGGUUUUGCCCAGAAAGCCUUUCACUCAUCUACUCCUUUGUUUGCUCAGUUACACUCUUCUCUUCUGAAAGAAAGAUGUGAAAAUUGGAAGAAAACUAGUCAAUCACAACGAACCAAAAGGAGCCUUUCCUGGCAUCUGAGCCUGACGCACAAGCCAACAUAAAUUCCCUUCCUUUCAUGUCUGCGUAUAAGGGAGAAGGGAGCUGAAAAAGGUGACAAAGAAAUGGAAGCAUCGGUGAGAAAUAGAGAAGAUUCCCAUUGUUUUGUGCUGAGCCACAUGAUACUUGUAGCUGAAAUAAAAAAACAAGGCUAUUCCUAUUGAGAAAGCUGGCCUAAUUAGUGGCUUGCUUUUUUAGGCAGGGAAGAGGGCUUUCAGUUGUAAAAGAAGUUUUAUGACACCCUUAGGGCAAAAUGCAGGGUUUGGAAAUAGCCAUUACUGUAGAGGAUUGUAGCCGUUUUAAUCUGAAUGUUGCAAAAUGUGUUCUCCAUUAGGAAACUGCACAGGAACCUAGUUAGCAAGUGGUUUGUCAGGAAACACAUUUAUUUUGACACCAAAGUCAUCCUUUUUUUUUUAAGAUGGUGGGUGUUCCGUCUUGUUGACCAAAUGGAAGUUUCCACAUGGUAUAAGUUUCCUCCUAACACCCUGAAAGCUUCUGACUUAGAGGAAACAGCUUUAUGUUGGCAUUUAUUUGUGAUGGGCAUUUGGUGUUCCCACUAGGCAACCAUUGGGGUCCACAGCUUUCCCAAAGGAUGCUGAGCGGUGAGGAGUUUCCCAGGUUGCAGGGAGUUGCUGCCCUCCAUUUGUGCUGGGUCUCUUAUGGGAAGAAAGAGACUGUGGGUAUGAAAUGUUGAUUGUCGUGCGUUGGAGUCCGUUUGUCUUAGCUGUUGAACUCCCAUUUCAAGGAAUGAACAUGGACCACCCAUCCCUGAUAUUGGGGUUCUUGACUAAUUGCCUUAGCAGCGGCUAGAUAAUUUGUGACUGGCCAAAGCAAACACAGUCUGCCAGCCAUGUAGUUCAAUCCGGCAAGUGUUCAUCCCCUGCAUAGGGUAGCCAACUACCAGGUGGAGUCUGGAGGUCCCCUGGAAUUACAGCUCGUCUCCGGACUGCAGAGAUCGGUUCUUCUGGAGAAAAUGGAUGCUUUGGAGGGUGGGUUGUAUAACCUUGUACCCUACUGAGGUCCCUUCCUCCCCUUCCCCCCCCCCAUGAUCCCCCCCCCCCCCCUCAAUACGAAAAACAUCCCAGGAAUUUCCCAAGCCACCUUUGGAAAAACAGAUAUAUCAAGACCCUCACAAAUUGCAUUCAGCUUGCCUUAGUAUUAGCAGUGUGCUUUGAAAUAAGGAUCUAAAAAGUUUGCCACUUGCACAUCUCUCCCAGAUGAGGAGACCUCUGGCACCCUUUUUUUUAACACAGUCAUGCCAGUCUAAACAAUGUCAGUUCAAUAUAUUUCUAUAGAUGCUUAGGAUUGCAGCCUUAUGUUGCAGUCUUGCUACAGUUUUUUUUUUCAUCUGGGGAAAAAAACCUCCAGUACCCCU